AUGUUUUAAUAAUCCUAAUUUAGUGAUUAAAAAAAUCAAUCAGGAUUCAAGCAAGGAAAUAAUUACAAUGAACAAGUUACAAAUAUGACCAUCAAGAUGAUUAAGAAAAUUAAAUAAUCGACUACUGAUAGAAAUGAAAUCCUUUACUUUGAUAAAUAAAUAACAUUAAUCCAAUUAGUAGCUAGAUUUGAAUAAACCAAUGAAGCAGAGGGCAAGGGUUUUAUAACAAUUAAUGAUGACAGCGGGUAUCUAAAACUUAGUCUGUUAUUUUCUGAAGGGACAUACAUCAGAGAAAUGUUUGAUAUAUUCAAAGAAGAAGAACCAAAAAUUAAUUAUUUUUAAUUUUUACUUAGAGCUAGAGUCAACAAAGAUACAAUUUGCUUUGAUAUUAUGAAUAUAAAAAAAACAGGACAUGGUUAUUUAGUCUCCCAUAUGCUAAAUAUCAUACAAUAGGCAAUUAAAUCUAAUCAAAUAGGAAAUCCGAAUUUUGUAUAAGCAAAUACUUAAAUUGAUGAAGAGGAAUAGUAGAGACUUACCUAAUUAAGUUUAUCAACAAGAAUCUUAAACUUUAUCAAAGCAUAAACACAAUAAUUAGGGCCUGUUAGUAUCACUUAAUAAAGUAUUAUUAAUGAAUUCUCAUAAACCGAUAAAUUAUAAGAAAUUAAAUAAUCAAUUAGACAAUUGUUAGAUAGUGGGAAUAUCUAAUCGGGAUAGGGUGUAAAUACUUAUAUGUUAGUUGAUUGA